UCACAGCUAUACAGUACUGUGUAAUAUAUCACAGUGUACAAGUUGAAUGUGUAACAGAAUUGAGUUGUUUAAUAUCUUUCCAGGAUUGACAGAACAAACACUAAAAGAACAACUAUCACCUCUCUGUAGUCCGUUUGCAGUCCCUUUCCUCUGGUCCUUUAUGAUCCAGUUUAAUUGUGUUUUCAUUCAUCUCUGCUCACUCUGUUCUGAUAUCACUUUAUUAUUUCACCCUUGACCUCUGACCCUUCAUGGACGGAUCCAUCUGAAGAGGAGAGGGGGGGUAAGGACGGUCGGUGCCACUCCACCUGCCUCACAGAGUUGGUAUUGUUUUGAUGAUGUUGUAAUGGUUUUACCUUUAAUAAGAUAAAGAGUUAAAAACAAGCUGUAAACUGUCAGAAGGCCGUUUUUAUAAUGGAUGUCUUUCUAACCCCCCCUCCCUACGUUGCUUUGGAGGCUAACGGGCUGAAGCUGACCCGCUCCAUGGACCGGUCCGUUUCAAGUUCACCAACUAGCCGUUGACCGUUGAUUAGCAGAAUGCUAACGGCCUCGUUAGUCUGCCGUUAAACAACAGAAGAUGGCUUUUAAAGUGAUUUUUAAUGAGAACUUCAGAAAGAAACAGAAAAUCAAGUUUAAACUAACUUUGACUUGGUCGCUCUACAAGGCAGAGUUUAAAACCUCUCUGAGUGCAGCCGGAGCAAAGUUUCCAGCAGGGUUUGCUGUUUCAAGUUGAGUUUCCUGGGAUGUUUCCAACAGAGGCCCGGUGACGACUGCAGGAUCUGAUCUCCGGGGCAGCGAUGGACAGAGUCCGCCUGCUGUGGUGUCUGAAGUGUCGGACUCGCCGUGGAGUGGUCUGUAUGACCCUCUCUUGCAUCUCUAUGGCUCUGCUCUAUGCCAUCUGUGCAGAAAACAGCGUGCCCGUCACGGACGCCCUCUUCGGGGUACGGGCAAGGACCCGGGCUCAACCUCGUACACACUCUGUUGUUAAGGAAGCCGUGGGGUCGACGUCAAAGCAAAAGACAAAAGACAGAGAGCCUUCUGGUUUUUUCACUCGGAUGCUGCUGCGCCCCUUCACUCGUGCGUUGGAGACCCUGUUUGGAGGCUGGUGGAAGGUGGAGCUGAGCGGGAGAGAGGACUCAGAGUUCUUCGGGCCCAAUGGGCUUCGGGGGGAGGUUUGGGGCGACGAGAUGUCCAGUAGCAUGCUGGGAAACAGGCUGAAGAAGGUGGUGCAGACUUAUAAGGCGAUGAAUAAAUUUGGCAUUGAAUUAUCUGGACCUGGUGGAGUGGCCAGCAGGCCCAAGCUGAGCGGCCCGGAGCUCCUCUGCCAAAUGAAGGAAAAGGUUGAGGUGCUAACUUUGACCUCUGACCUCCACCCGUUCUCAUUGCUUCCCUGGGCCCCUCUGCUGCCGCAGCAGCAGCUGACCUCUGAACUCGGACCGUACAAGAGCUGCGCUGUGGUGGCGUCUGCAGGGUCGAUCCUAAACUCCGGGCUUGGCAAAGAGAUAGACUCUCAUGAUGCUGUGAUUCGCUUCAACGGCGCCCCUACCACGGGCUACGAGAAGGACGUCGGGUCAAAAACCACGAUACGCCUCAUCAACUCACAGUUGAUGGCGUCUGAUGACCACCACUUCCUCUCCAGCUCUCUGUACAGCUCAGGUACUCUGCUGGCCUGGGACCCUGCCCCCUUCUCUGCUAACCUCACUCAGUGGCUCAGCAAGACAGACUACCCCAUCUUCACCAUGUUCCAGAAAUACAAGAGGCUCCAUCCUAUGCAGCCUUUCUACAUCCUCCAUCCUCGCUAUGAGUGGCAGCUGUGGCAACGAAUACAGGACAACAUGGCUGAACCCAUUCAGAAGAACCCGCCCUCCUCCGGCAUGCUCGGCACCGCCCUGAUGAUGUCUCUGUGCGAGGCGGUGCACGUCUACGAGUUCCUGCCGUCCCGCAGGAAGACCGAGCUCUGCCAUUACUACCAGCACUUCUCCGACGCCGCCUGCACGUUCGGUGCUUAUCACCCGCUGUUAUACGAGAAGAACCUCGUCAAGAGAAUGAACCAAGGCCUCGACCGAGACAUCUUCACCCACGGACGAGUCACUCUGCCGGGCUUCAGCCAGCUGAACUGCAGCCAGGCUGCUGGAGGAGCAACCGAGCACUGAGCGGAGGGUGUAGCACACACACACACACACACACACACACACACACACACACACUCACACACACACACACACACAC